CCUGCAGAAAAGUACCCUGGCAUAUUCUCAAAAGAAUCCUUGUUUGGGAGAUUCCCAUAUUUGUUACCUUGUCUUAUGAUAUCGCUAUUUGGAUUCGUUGCAACAGUAAUCUCCUUGUGGCUUCCGGAGACGCUCCACAAGCAUAAAAAAGGGAACAAAGAUCAAAGUGAUCCCCAUGAUGUUGCAGAAGGAACUACGAAUGGUUUACAUUUGUCUGAGAGCAUGACGCAUUCUGAAAGCAAAAUCCCGAAUUCACAGAAAAGCCUUCUUAAGAAUUGGCCCUUAGUGUCAGCUAUUAUCGUCUAUUGUGUGUUUCAACUUCAUGAUAUGGCAUAUUUAGAGAUAUUUUCAUUGUGGGCUGUCAGUCCAAGGAGUCUUGGGGGUUUAAGCUUUACAACUGCUGAUGUUGGACAAGUUCUUGCCAUCACAGGCGUCGGUUUGUUAGUCUUCCAGCUGUUUGUUUACCCAUUGGUGGAAAGGAUUUUUGGGCCUGUCAUGGUUUCUCGAGCUGGCGCAGUUUUAAGCAUACCAUUGCUGGCAAGCUACCCGUAUAUAGCUCUGUUAUCCGGUUUCUGUCUGUCCAUAGUUCUUAACUGCGCGUCUGUGUUAAAAAAUGUGCUCUCG